GCUUGCUCACUCGGUCAGUCAAGUCGACAAAGCUGCAGUGUUUUAUAGUUUGCAAAUUAGCGCUUCUGCACAUCAUCUGACAGAGUUUUUAUCUCGCGAUUCAAGCCGGUUUGUGCGUGCAUGAAUGACGUACCCUCUUCCAAUUUUACACAGAUAAACAACAAUGUCUCAGCCUAAGCAAGAGCACGAUUUGGAACCAGCGCGAGAGAUGUUUACUAUGACGAUUGUAAACGACGCGUUGCCUUCCGAUAUUGCCAAUGCAAACAAGGAAUCGAAGCAACCAGCGGACUUCGAGGCAGCAAUCGAGGCUACUGAAUAUGGACUCUACAACUACCUACUUCUCGUAGCCAUAUUCCCUGCAGGAUGGGCAAACGUUUUUGACACAACUACAAUAUCGUAUAUUCUACCAUCGGCAGAGUGCGAUCUUCACUUAUCGUUAAACGAAAAAGGGGUGCUCAACGCCAUUAUUUACUCAGGAAUGAUCACCUCCGCUUUUCUGUGGGGAUUUUUAGCCGACACAAAGGGACGACGGUCUCUGCUUAUAUUCGGAUAUCUAGCAGAUUCUAUUUGUAAUAUUCUGAGCAGCAUGUCACAGAAUUUUUUGACAAUGCUGGUCUUUAAAUUCUUCAGCGGAUUCGUAAUAAGCGGUCCUCUUGCAAUCAGUACGACCUACCUGGCGGAGUUUCACAGCACGAAAUACAGAUCGGCGACAUUGUUCUGGACAGCGCUCUUUUCGGCAAUGGGAAACGUCGCAAUGCCAGCUCUGGCGUGGGCGAUAAUUCCCCAAUCCUGGACGUUGACGUUCUUCGAUGGUGCUUUCGUCUUCAACUCCUGGCGCAUAUUCAUUUUCGUGUGCAGCAUGCCGGCAUUCAUGGCGUUCGCGGCGCUGCUCUAUUUUCCGGAGAGUCCCAAGUACCUAAUGACUCAGGGUCGGAACGACGAGGCGAUGGCGGUCUUCCAAAGGAUGUACGCGAUGAACACUGGAAAUCCACCGGAACUAUUUCCCAUAAAAUCGCUCUCCUUGGAAGGCCAGAAGAAGAAGAUCGAACCCUCGGCCGGUCGCACUACCGUGUCCGUCUGGCAAAAUGUUCGCGGCGGGUUCGGACAGAUCAGACCGCUUUUCGUGAAGCCCUAUCUGGGCCAGUUCCUCCUCAUCCUAGCACUUCAGUUUGGGAGCAUCUUGAGUUUGAACACCGUGAGAUUAUGGAUGCCGCAACUUUUGACCUUGAUGGAAACGUACGAUUACAAAAGUCACGAUUCUGCUACUUUGUGCGACAUGAUCAGUGUGCCUAGUGUUUCAAACGCUACCUCAGACCACGGCUUCAACUCUACGACAACGAUUGACGACUGCCUUGUGCCAUUCGUACCCAGUAAGGUUUACAUCAAUUCCAUGAUCAUCUCGGCAACUACGGUUCUAGGCUUCGUGGUUGCCGGUACUCUGGUCAAUCUCAUGGGAAAAAAGAAUCUGUUGCUGUUAGCCUUCGCAUUGCCAGCGGUAGGCAUAUUUGGAUUGAAUUGGUCGCCGAGUUCCAACAUUACUUUAGGUAUCAUCGCGAUCUACAUUGCGUUGACAAGCCUUUCCACAACCACAAUCAUCACUUUCUGUGUCGAUCUGAUGCCAACCUCUCUCAGGACAAUGGCCGUGGGUCUGACCAUGUCGAUUGGACGGAGUGGCGCGAUGAUCGGGAACGUUGUUUUUCCAAUUCUCUUGGUGACAGGUUGCUUCGCGCCCUUCAUUUUUGUUGGCGGAUUCCUAAUCUUCUGCUUUGUGUUGACAAUAUUCGUACCGAAACCACCGGCCAAGCUUCUGUGAGGACUCGAAAGAUUUAUCUAAUCCUAUUUAGAUUAAUUUACCAGUGAAUAGUUUUAAGUUUCGUCAGUAGUUAAUCGGCUGUGUGUGUGUGUGUGUGUGUGUGUGUGUGUGUGUGUGUGUGUGUGUGUGUGUGUGUGUAAUUUGAAUUGAGGUUUCGUUCACGCUUCGUCUGUGAGUGCGUUUUAUCAAGAAAGACUCGAGUGAUUUUCCGUCCUGUGGACAGGUUUUUGUGUACGUAAGUUACGUAAGCAUGUGUUAUCACGACUGUACGUCAAUGACGUAAAGAAAUCUUUCUGGAUAUCCAGUGAAACUAAAGUUGCACGUUUUUUUUUUUUGCAAAAUUCCCAUAGUCGUCAUCGCAGGCUAUCGUUACACACUUGGAAUAUAUGUAUAAUGUCAGUAACUAUCAGUGAUAUUGAAAAUAUUACUACAAAUCACCGAGGUGUAAUAAAACAAAGUUAUUUUUCAA